GAAAUGCGUUGCCGGAAGUGUCUCGACAUAAUCUUAGCUUGCUUGACAGUGUCCCACCGUUUUGUUUAUUUUGAGGAAGUUAAGUAGCUAAUGAUAUUGCUGCGAGAAAUAGACGGAAGGGGAAAGUUGUUCAACGAUACUGUCUGGAGGACACCUGCCUGUCAGCCCCUUUACAGAAUGUUACUGAUAAUGCUGCUGGGCCUUCUGUGUGGCGCCGGGGCCAGGAGCGUGGAAAACGCCACGGCUCGGCAGGGCCCUCUGCCGCUACUGCUGGUGUCGUUCGACGGCUUCAGCGCCGACUACCUGCGGCGGUUCCCCUUGCCCAACCUGAAGCGGCUGUACAGCCAGGGGGUCCUGGUGGAGCAGCUCACCAAUGUCUUCAUCACCAAGACGUUCCCCAACCACUACAGCCUGGUGACGGGGCUGUACCCCGAGUCCCACGGCAUCCUGGCCAGCAACAUGUACGACCCAGUCACCAACAAGAGCUUCCACGUGGGCCCCAACGACACUGAACCAGUGUGGUGGAACGAGGCGCGGCCCCUCUGGAUCACGGCGCUGGACUCCGGCUACGAGACGGCGGCCACAAUGUGGCCCGGCUCCGAAGUGGUCAUCGGCAACCGCACGGCGUCGCACUUUCUGCCCUACGACGCCGACGUGACCUUUCAACAGCGGCUGGGGAACGUGACGAAGUGGAUGUUGGGAGAUGGAAAGGAGCAAGGGGCGAUGUUCGCAGCGCUCUACUGGGAGGAGCCGGACCGGUCGGGUCACCUGUUCGGCCCGGACAACGUCACUGCCAUGAGCCAAGUGCUGAAGGAGGUCGACGACAACAUCGGCCUUCUGAUUUCGGAGCUGGUCCGCACCGGCCUCUGGGGCCGCGUCAACAUCCUGGUGACCAGCGACCACGGCAUGACCCAGUGCUCGCCCGAGCGCCUCAUACGGCUGGACGACUGCCUCCACCCCGACAACUACACGCUGGUGGACCUCUCCCCUGUCACGGCCCUCAUCCCACACAAAGACCCGGAUGCCAUCUUUGCCUUGCUGAAUAAGUGCCACCCCAACAUGACGGCGUAUUUGAAGUCAUCCAUCCCCGACAGGCUGCACUACCGGAACAAUGAGCGCACGCCGCCGCUCAUACUGGUCGCCGACGAGGGCUGGACCAUCGUGCUGCGGGGGAACAAGCUGCCACGCUUGGGCGACCACGGCUAUGACAACUCCCUGCCCAGCAUGCACCCCUUCAUGGCCGCGGUGGGCCCCGGCUUCCGCCAGGGCUAUCGGAUCAGCAGCCUGCAGAGCGUGGACAUCUACCCGCUCAUGUGCCACCUGCUGUCGGUGCCCCCGCAGCCCAACAACGGCACCCUGAACCAGGCCCGGAUCCUGCUGGCUGCUGAGACCUACUGGAAGGCCCCAUUGGUGGUCGGCAUGGUGGUGGGCGUCCUGCUGGUGCUCACCUCGAUCACUGUUCUGUUCAGGUUCCUGAGGUUCCGCCGCCCGUCGGACUCUCGGCCCUUCCAGAGGCUCCAGGUUGACGACGACGACGACGACGAGCCCCUUUUGGAGUAAACCAAUCCGAGUGGGUUAGACCACCUUAACCUGUGUCGCCUGUUCCUGCUCUCCGGAGGUACUUUACAUGAUGCACUUUACUCCCCUAGGCCAUGGCUGUCACUCAGGCAAGUGUGUGUUCAUGUGCCAUUUUUGGUGGUAGGGUGAAUAAUUUUAUUCUUGGAGAAGGAGGACAUUUACAUAAGAUUUUAGGAUUAAGAGAUUUAUUCUUUAUUUUUCUGCAGGGAAUUGUUUAUGAAAACUUUAUUGUGUGUGUGUGUGCGGAUGUGACUUUUUUUUUGCACUCUGUAGUGUUACUUUUUGUCAGCAGAGGGAGCCACCAGCUCGAUGGAGAUUUAUUUUGUGUCUCACUGAUAUCCUGUGAGUCUUGAAGGUAAAAGCUUGACAGAUGUUUUUCAUUGGUUAUUGUUUGAUUGUCUUUCUGUGUGUACUGUUUUUGUUCAUUUGUUACACUGAUAAACCUGAGUCAAGUGAUCUAAACUUGGAUUCUCCUUUUUUCCCAUAACUAAAAACUGAAAGGUCACACCUGAAGAGUUAACAACAGUAAAGUGGAAAGGUGUUUUGGGAAAAGCGUUGUUGUGCCCCAAAUACUCACUAGAGCACCGAAUGUGUAUUCAUUCACGGCUGAAAGUAGACCGUUAAUUAGUAAACAAAUGCACUAUUUCCUCCUUUUUGAGGACUAUUUGCUGAAAGCUAGUGCCCAGUUAAUUUAGCGGGUUCAUGGCGAGUGCCGCCAACAGGAUAGGGAUGGUCUUUUCAUGGGAUUUAUUCAAACUAACUCAACUUUAGCCUCAUCUUUUUAAUGCAAUGCUCUCUUGUGCUUCCAACCAUGUAUCUAGUGAUGUGUAUACCGUGUCCAUGCUUCUAUUCAUGUGUGCAAGUAUGUCUUUUGCGGCUGAAGUGAAGAGGAAGGAUUCUACGUCCAAACCUUUGUAUUUAUGGGUGUUUAUGUUCUGUUCAGGCUACAUGUAAGCUGCAUCUCUAUGCUGUGUUUCAUCCACAGAGUUACUGUUUUUAGUUUUCAACUUUUGGCAGCUUGUAAAAGGGCAAUAUGCAAAUGUUGCCUUGCUUGUCGAGCGAUUCAGAAAAAAAUACUUUUUAAAAAUGUUUAUUUAAUGAAUAAAGCUGAUUGAAAAACG